ACAGCGAGUAGCGCCGGAAGGAGCUAGUUUUUACCAAGACAGCUAGGAAGGAAAAGAGAGAGAAAACAGAAGAAAGUGACCAAACCAAACGGUUUGUAAAAUGUCCAGAGGCCAAAAUCUGAGAGCUUUGGUGGAGGAGCGUCUGAUUGCGGCUGCUGAAGAUAUAUAUGUGCUGUUUGAAAGAAUCACAGCAGAAUAUGAGGAGGAACUGUGUCGCUGCAAACAGGAGAACGAGAGAAAGCAACGGCUCCUGGACUCGACUCUGAGCCCGAGAGUCGUGCUGACCAGAGCCGGUGUCCACAUGUCCUCUCUGAGUCCUGGUCUCGCUCUGAAACAGGACAUCCCAGAGACUCCCCAGAUUAAAGAGGAGACAGAAGAAGAGCACAUCAAACAGGAGGAAGAGGAGCUGCACAUGUCUGUCCCUGAGUCCAAUGAUGGCUAUGUGAAGACAGAAGAGUCCUCACUGCCUCAACAAAAAGAAACUGAUCACAGAGGGGACACGCAGAGAGAGGAUAUCAGCUCAGAGACAUGUGUCCACAGAGAGGACACACAGGGAGAGGACACACAGGUAGAGGACAUCAACUCAGAGACAUGUGUCCACAGAGAGGACAUGCAGGGAGAGGACAUCAGCUCAGAGACACAUGUCCACCCUGAGACUGAAGGAGACAUGCAGCACUCUUCUGACACUGACAGUGAUGAAGACUGGUGUGCUCCAAUCGUCUUUUUAGCUGCACAGAUGGAGACAGAGGCGGAUGGAGACCAUCACAACCAAGUCCAGAUCCGAGCAAAAAGCACCACUGCACAAAAGUCAGGUCUAUUCCCCAAAUACAAGUCUGCACCAGAGACCAGAGCCACUGUGGACAAUGGGGACAUGUUAGGAACAACCGAAGGAGCUGCAGGGGAAAGACACCAGUGCUCUAUUGGUAAAAAGAGAUUUGACUUAAAAGACUAUUUAAAAAGACACUUUAGACUUCACAGAAGUGAGAAACCUUACAGCUGUUCCGUCUGUGAGAAAGUAUUUCGUCAUAAGCGUACUCUUACAGACCACAUGAGAACACACACAGGAGAGAAGCCUUACAGCUGUUUUGUCUGUGAGAAAGCAUUUACUCAUAAGAGUACUCUCAUAAAACACAUGCGAACACACACAGGAGAGAAGCCUUACAGCUGUUCUGUCUGUGAGAAAGCAUUUACUCAUAAGAGUACUCUCACAGAACACAUGAGAACACACACAGGAGACAAGCCUUACAGCUGUUUUGUCUGUGAGAAAGCAUUUACUUAUAAGAAGACUCUCACAAAACACAUGACAACACACACAGGAGACAGGCCUCACAUCUGUUCUGUCUGCGAGGAAGCAUUUACUGUAAAGAGCAAUCUCGCAAAGCACAUGAGAACACAUGCAGGCGUCAAAACUUUCAGUUGUUCUGUUUGUGAAAAAGCAUUUACUCAUAAGAGUUCUCUCAGAAAACACAUGCAAACACACACAGGGGAGAAGCCUUACAGCUGUUGUGUCUGUGAGAAAACAUUUACUCGAAGGUAUUCUCUCACAGAACACAUGAGAACACACACGGGAGACAAGCCUUACAGCUGUUUUGUCUGUGAGAAAGCAUUUACUACAAAGAGUCAUCUCAGAAAACACAUGAGAACACACACAGGAGAAAAGCCUUACAGCUGUUCUGUCUGUGAGAAAGCAUUUACUGAUAAGAGAACUCUCAUAAAACACAUGAGAACACACACAGGAGACAAGCCUUACAGCUGUUCUGUCCGUAAUGAUAUACCUACAGCAGUGUUCUGAAAAAACUUAUGAGAACUCACUCAGAAGAGCAAUCGGUUGGACAGAGUGUGAACUGUUCAAAAUGAGAAUGAGAUUCUGUUAUAAUAUAUUGUACUGUUAAGAAAAUAAAAGUUUUUGCUU